AUGCCGGACGAACUGACAGAGCCGGGGCGCGCCACGCCGGCCCGCGCCUCCUCCUUUCUAAUUGAGAACCUGCUGGCUGCUGAGGCCAAGGGUGCCAGGCGCGCGGUCCAGGGCGAUGGUGGCCGCGAGGACGAUGAGGAGGGGGACGACGAUCCAGAAGAUGAGGACGCCGAGCUGGCGCGGAGGCGACGGCUGCAGCGGCGGAGACAGCUGCGCGCGGGCACCGGGCCCGGUGGGGAGGCGCGGGCCCGGGCUCUGCUCGGACCUGGUGCGCUGGGCCUCGGUCCCCGGCCACCCCCUGGUCCCGGGCCGCCCUAUGCUCUGGGCUGCGGAGGCGCGACGCGCUGGUACCCACGGGCGCACGGCGGCUACGGAGGCGGCCUUAGUCCUGACACCAGCGACCGGGAUUCACCAGAGACCCCGGCGGCAGCGGCGGGAGAGGCGCGCGGCGGCGGUGGCAGUGGCGUUGGUGUUGGCGGCGGUCGCAAGAAAAAGACGCGCACGGUCUUCUCCCGCAGCCAGGUCUUCCAGCUCGAGUCUACCUUCGACCUGAAGCGCUACCUGAGCAGCGCCGAGCGCGCGGGCCUCGCGGCUUCUCUGCAGCUCACAGAGACGCAGGUCAAGAUCUGGUUCCAGAACCGUCGCAACAAAUGGAAGCGGCAGCUGGCGGCGGAGCUAGAGGCGGCCAACCUGAGCCACGCCGCCGCGCAGCGCAUCGUGCGAGUGCCCAUCCUCUACCACGAGAACUCAGCGGCGGAGGCCAGGGCAGGUGCUAAACCCGGCGCCCCGCCCCCCCCCCCCCCGCCCCCGCCGCUGCUCGGCUUCUCCGGGGCCCUCGCCUACCCGCUGGCUGCCUUCCCAGCCGCCGCCUCCGUGCCCUUUCUGCGGGCGCAGAUGCCCGGCCUGGUGUGAGACCCCGACCCACCCAGCCCACUCCCUGUGGCCACAGCGGACCUGUGUGGACGCAAAAUCCGGGGACAGUGGGUGCAGAGGCGCCGGGGCUGAGUUAGCGGAAGACUGGGUCACCCCUAGAGCCUCCUCGGAACCUCAGGAGCAAAGGUGGUGGCACAGCAGGCCCAUCCUCUUGGGGAGCUCGUCCAGAAUGUAACGGGA